AUGUCCCCCGUUUUCCGUUCCCUAUAUCCGGAUAUCCAAAUGUCCGUCUGUCUUGAUGUCCCUCUCCUUGUCACUAUGUACAUAAAAUAUUUCAACAAAACCUACUCCAUCAUAGAAGGCACCUAUCCAGUAUACCUUACUGUGUUCUAUCUACAAGUCAUGCUCAUUUUCAUUGUACUAUUCUACUACCUUCUCAACGUGUACAUCGACAUUCGUACCGGUCAAUUCGUGACGAACACCCAGAAAAUUCAUCACGCGAUUUAUCUUCCAUGUGUCCUUGGCCAUCUGAUGUGUCUCGCACAGAAAGUUUUGUUGAUAGUGGAUUCGCCGGCGGCAAACCCAGGUAUUCUUAUAUCCGCAAUCUCAAUAAUUGAGAAACUAGAGUCGUCUGGUGCAUUGAAUUGUAUCCGUAAUGUUGCAUCCGUCCGUAAAUUCGAUCCACUCAUCAGAAUCCCGGUUGAUCCAUUAUAUCUAUCAUCUUUCAUGCAGGGAUUUUCCAAAACCUGUCUCACGUUUAGUAUCGAAAUGUCAUGGUUUCGAAACUUCGAGCUCCAAAAUAUCAAGAUUGUUCAAGAUCGAAAAAGCGACGACUUGAACAACGAGAUCUUCUACACCAUCUCCCUCCUCCGCGCCUUAUUCUGUUUCCCUGGUUUCUAUUGUCUAUCCGCAUUCGUCGCUGAACGAUGGUUUGCCACGUAUUUCCUGAUGGAUUAUGAAAGAAAUCAGAGGAAAUGGCUGGUUUUUCUGAUUCUAUGGGUCAUCUAUGCCAUCGCUUUCGUCUCUGCACUCGACUUUCAUAAUGCUUCCAAUACAAUUCCACAUGCCACAUUGUUCAUUUUGCUCAGUGGUCUUUCGUAUUUGGGAAACCACUUGAAUUUCAUUGUGAAUCGUAAUUAUUACUAUCGGAGUAACAGGACAGAUGGCGGCGGCUACUCGUUGGGUCAGCGGUUUCAGAUUUCUGAGAAUAUUCGGUUUUCAUUUUUUUUCAACCGGUUGGCUUUAAGCAUCGCAUUUUUCCAAAUCAGUGGUCCUGUAUGCUUAUUGAUUGAUAAUUUAAGCAUUUCAAGGUCAUGGAAGAACCUGAAUACAGUAAUCUACGACACUAUAUGCCUACUAUACGCUCUUGUCACCCCAUUUGUGAUCUACCAUCACAAUCCAAAGUAUCGAAACGAGUUGGAGCAGAUCAUAGCAAGAGUCCGACGGAUUAAAGUGAAAAUCAACAAGAAUCAGAUAAAUCCGAUGGAUUCUGUGGAGGAGAGCUUCAACUCGUUGAAAAUACAAGAUACAUUUGGGAACAGAAUCACUUUCAAUGCGAGUGAACAAACGAACACUUAUUUCGAGGAGUUGGAUAGGUCGUGGAGUUAG